ACGUGCUAGGUUCAUUUAGAAGUACGUUCAGCAGCAAAAAGAACAAAAAGAAGCGAAAGAAGGGAGAAAAACAGAAAAGACGUAGGAAAAGACGAACUAAUGUCUAUAGGGAGCGAUCAUAUCCUCGCGGGAAUUCCAUGAUCGAUGACGUUGAGCUUCUGGUGAUCUUGGUCCACAGUUCCGCGUGUGUGAGAUAUUCUGAAAAGUCGAGGAAGCAUGAUCUGACGACGAGGUGGUAGCAUGCGACCACGGGACCACGCGAAAGUACAAUGGAGAACGCGUUUCUUGGGGAACCUCACGGUCCUCGCUUAUCCGUUGUUCCUCUUGGUGAUUACAUUCGGUCUUCAGCCGGUGGCGGUGGCGGAUAUCGUACCAAAAGACAUGGCAAAGGACGCGGUGGACCUAAUGAAGGCCGCGCGGAUGCAACGGAAACCGCUCGGAGUGACGAGCACGCAGGGCCGUUGUAGGAACGGCACUACUGCGUAUGACAUCGCGGAAACCGCGUUCCUCACGAUCAAUACCAAUAUGCUGUUUCCGGUCGGCGUGCCGAGGGACUUUUCCAUCCUGAUUACCGCGAAGCCGAGGCUUAGUUAUCCCAAAUCCACACUCUUCACCAUCUAUAGCGCCAACGGCGAGGACCAAUUGGCUCUGUCGUUGGGACGCGACAUCAGCCUCUUGUAUAACACCGGACCAGGCGACCAUCGGAAGUUGAUUUCGUUUGGCGUCGACAUCUCCGAUGGCAAGUGGCAUCGACUAGGAGUCAGUAUCAAGGGGGACGCUGUCACGAUCAUCCUUGACUGUAACAGACAGGUGACGAAGGAGCUGCGAAGAAAUCCUGAAGAGACGAUCAGCAUCGCCGGCAUCGUCAUCAUCGGCCGUCAGCUCAUAGACAAUAAUCUAUAUUUGGGAAGCCUCGAGAUGCUGAAGAUCGCCCCGAAUCCAGAUGCCGCUUAUGAGAUUUGCACGAUAUUUGCACCGGAUUGUAGAUAUCAAUGGAGACAGAGAUUGAAUUACAGUUCUUCAUCGAGUGGUAGUCGAAGCUACGGAUCAUUCAGGACAUACUCUAUGUCUUCCACUCACUACAGCUUCCCUGAAACAACUACUGAACAGUCAAGUCAUAUUUACGCUUCUUCCAGCGGCAGUUCCUCACUCGCUGGUGUAUCACAUCGAGAAUCCGAGAAUCUUAACGCAAACUUUUCCAGUUAUAAUAGCUAUAACGUUCCUACAACCUCUUCUGUAUUUAAUAACACAUUCAGAAGACAGAAAGAUUAUGAGAGCGCGAUAAGUGAAAGUGAAUAUGAUUACGAAGAGGAAAACGAGGAAGACUCGGAUGAAGACGAAAAUGAAAAUAUUCACGGCUUCGAUUCUCGUGGUUCUCCAAAUAUAACUUACGUAUUGAGGCCGACAAUAGAUACUUCCGUCAGAAAUCACACCACGGUACCCUACGAAGUGGAGACGACGACUACCGCGAGCGUGUACGAGAUGGAAAUGAGCUAUGAAGAGAAUCACGGGGAGCCGACAGUCGGUCCUUACGACGAAGAAUCGUAUCACAAUCACGGGUACUAUACUCGUGGUCCAUCGGGACCUCGUGGAUUUCCAGGACCUCCAGGAUUACCCGGGCCUGCGGGUAAGAAAGGUGAACCCGGCCGAAAUGGACUGGCUGGGCUGCAAGGUGCACCUGGUCCAGCGGGCAACGUGUUUGUGAUACCCUCGUUGAGUGUACAAGGUAACGAGAAGGGGCCAGACUCUCAGGCAGAAGCACUGAGACAGAUGUUGGCGCAGCACAUGCUUGCGAUGAGAGGCACGGAGGGCCCGAUGGGCCUCACGGGUAUCCCGGGACUUGAGGGGCCAUCUGGACCUCAGGGUCAGAAGGGAGAACCCGGUGACAUCGGUGAACCUGGUCCCAGAGGAGAGAGAGGGAGUCCAGGAAAUCCUGGCAGAGAGGGUAGAAGAGGUCGUCCUGGCAGAGAUGGUGAACGUGGUCUCAGUGGGCCGCUGGGGAUAAAAGGUGAGCAAGGGCCGAUAGGAUUGCCGGGCCUUCCUGGAGAUAAAGGUGAACGAGGACCUCCGGGGAUAUCUGGAGAACCAGGUCUGCCGGGUCACGAAGGGAUGCAGGGUGAGGAUGGCCCUCCCGGACUACCGGGCUUACCCGGUGAAUUGGGUCCAAGAGGAUUUAUAGGACCAAGAGGUUUUCCUGGAGUACCGGGUAAUCCUGGUAUCCCUGGAAACGAAGGACCCUCCGGUGCUAAAGGCAACGCUGGGCCACCGGGUCCUGCCGGUGCUCCGGGUCAACCAGGACCUAUAGGUCCAAUAGGGCCGCCUGGUCCACAAGGUCUACUAGGACCGACCGGUCUAGUUGGCCCACAAGGAAAACCCGGAAUUCCUGGUCUUCCGGGUGCGGACGGAUCCCCAGGUCUCCCGGGUAAUUCCGGAAUGCCUGGAAUAAAGGGUGAGCAAGGUCCACCGGGUCCUCAGGGGCCGAUAGGCUUUCCAGGAGUGCGUGGUGUAAAAGGCGACGAAGGGCAACGUGGUCCACCGAGUGAACGUGGCGAAAAAGGCGAGAAAGGAUUAGAAGGCGAGAAAGGCGACGCUGGAGCGAAAGGAGAGCCUGGAACCACAGGACCGCAGGGUAUUCCAGGCCUCGAAGGAUUAGAGGGACCGAAAGGCUUCGAAGGGCCUCGUGGUGAGACUGGACCUGCUGGUCCGACCGGUGAGAAAGGGAAAAUCGGCGUAUCUGGUUUUGCUGGCUAUCCCGGAAAUCCUGGAGAAAAGGGAGAUAAAGGACAACCGGGGAAACAAGGUUCCAGCGGCGAUAAAGGCGAAAGGGGAAAUAACGGAUUGCAGGGAGAACGUGGUGAAAUAGGGCCAAGGGGUUUCAGAGGAGCUCGUGGGAGAAGAGGUUCGGAAGGAUUACCAGGUCCAAAGGGUGAUACUGGUCAACCAGGACCUCCUGGAUUGCCAGGAGAGAUAGGUCCUCCGGGUGUUGAAGGUCCACGUGGUUUCGUGGGACCACCUGGACCUUUGGGUCUUGACGGUAAAGACGGCAUCCCAGGUCCACCCGGCGAACGUGGUCCCAUUGGAGAGUCUGGAUCUCCGGGACCUCCGGGAGUACCUGGUGUUAUCGGUCUUCAAGGACCGGCGGGAGAACCUGGACAACCUGGUGAACUUGGAGCGCCUGGUAGCCCAGGACUUCCAGGAGAAGGUGGUCCAUCUGGUGAACAAGGGAAAGAGGGACCGCCAGGUCCAGUCGGUUUGAUGGGACUCAUAGGACCACCAGGUCCUGGAGGAUUACCAGGAUUUCCGGGAGAAAGAGGAUUAAGCGGUUUGCCAGGAUUACUCGGCUUGAAAGGAGAAAUGGGUCCCGUCGGGCCUCAAGGACCACCCGGUGAUAAAGGUGCUCAGGGUGAUCCUGGCAAGGAUGGACCACUAGGACCAGAAGGCAGGCAAGGGCCUAAAGGUCCGCCAGGACCUGUUGGACUUAAAGGAGAAAGGGGUGAUCCUGGAUUACCUGGUCCUACUGGUCGCGACGGUCUGCCGGGACAAAGAGGGUUACCAGGUCCACCUGGACCAGUUGGAGUUCCGGGAGAGGAUGGAGAUAAAGGUGACGUAGGUCCACCUGGUGAGAAAGGAUUUAAAGGAUCUCAGGGAGAAAUGGGUCCUCUCGGCCCACAAGGUAUACAAGGACCGCGCGGUGAGCCUGGUUUAAUGGGUCCUGUUGGAGAAAAAGGACCACCAGGCGAGAUGGGACGGCAAGGACCGAAAGGUGAAGACGGCCCGGUCGGAUCGAUUGGUCCAGCUGGACCUAUCGGAUCGCAAGGUCUUCCAGGUCCGCCGGGUGCAAAAGGUGAAGUUGGAGAUCCUGGAACAAUUGGGCCUUUAGGACCGCCGGGUGUUCCAGGAGAACGAGGUCCGAGAGGAUCAAAAGGACUCGAGGGCACGCAUGGUCCAUUAGGUCCAGAAGGUCGUCAAGGUGAGAAAGGAGACACUGGAACGCCAGGAUCUCCUGGUGUAUUAGGAGUGGAAGGUAAACAAGGAGAAAGAGGUUUUCCGGGCGCGAAGGGUGAGGAAGGCAAACCAGGCUCACCCGGUCCUCUUGGAAGUCGAGGAUUAAUCGGACAUGAAGGACCGAAGGGUAACGUAGGGCCACCUGGUUUUCCCGGCCCUCCCGGAGAACCAGGUCUAAUAGGCGCAAAAGGUGAAUCUGGGAAGGAUGGCGAAGACGGACAAGUUGGUGAUCCUGGUGCACCGGGUGAAGCUGGGCCACCCGGUAAAGAAGGACUGCCCGGUCCUCCCGGGAAACCGGGUCCGGAAGGACCUGCAGGUUUGCAAGGUAACACGGGUUUACCGGGAGAGAAGGGAGAUAUAGGUUUACCAGGACUACCAGGACUUCAAGGACGCGUCGGUCCUCAAGGUCUACCUGGUUCACCUGGUUUUCCAGGAGUAAGAGGUUUACCAGGAGCAGCAGGAGAAAACGGACCUCCGGGUAUAGCUGGUGCUGUUGGAGUUCCGGGGAAAGUUGGAUCGGUCGGCCCGAAAGGCCCAAAAGGCGACAAAGGCCGCAGAGGCAUUAAAGGACAUCGGGGUGAAUUAGGACAUGUUGGAAUUAAGGGUGAUCAAGGAGAGCAGGGUGAGAAAGGUAUGCGCGGACUUCUUGGAUUUGAAGGGCCCAAAGGAAGCCCCGGACCUGCAGGUCCAAUUGGACCGAAAGGCAAUGAUGGUCCUCCGGGAUUACCCGGGAUGCAAGGUCCACUUGGACCGAAAGGAAACACCGGAAAUGAUGGAACGAAAGGCGACAUUGGUCCAUCAGGCCCACCAGGACCGCCUGGCCCACCAGCAGAGCAACCUAUGAUCCCUCCGGAACUGCUGUUUAGUAGAAGUCAAUUGACUAGAAGAAGACGCGCCGUUUUGGACGAGGAUGAGGAAGAAGAAGAUGACGAGAAGAGCGAGGAACCAAAGAGGAAGGACGAUAGAUCGCAAGAGGAACUGGGUCCUGAGUUCUUGGACAUGUACAGUUCCAUUUAUGCUAUGCGGCAAGAACUGGAUCGAAUGCGCAAGCCGACCGGUACCAGAGCAAAUCCGGUGAGAACGUGCAGAGAUUUGUUUUAUGGUCAUCCUCACUUCAAGGAUGGUUGGUACUGGAUCGAUCCGAACUUGGGCAUGCCCGAUGAUGCAAUUUAUGUGUAUUGCAAUGUCUCGAGUAUGGGUGAGACCUGUGUGUUCCCCGACGUCCACAGCAGCCAGAUGCCGAAUAUACCAUGGAGGAAGGAGAACAACAAGAAUGACUGGUAUUCACGUUUACGUGGAGGAUUUCGAAUCACCUACGAAUCGAUUGGAGUAGUGCAGAUGCACUUCCUGCGUCUUCUCAGCCAAGAAGCUUAUCAGAACUUCACCUAUACGUGCAUGAACAGCGUCGCCUGGUACAACAGCGAACAGCCGAGUCACAGUUACGACCUCUCGUUGCGACUGCUGGGCGAUAACGAGGAAAUGUUCUCAUACAACGGCACUAAGCCGCAUGUUCUCGUAGACGGCUGCAGGAAUCGUAAGAGCAAGGCCGAGACCGUGUUCCUGGUUCGCACCAGGAAGCCGCAGCAAUUGCCGUUGGUCGACUUUUAUCCGGUCGACUACGGUUCGCCGCAUCAGGCCUUCGGUUUCAUGGUCGGACCGGUUUGUUUCAAGUGAAAACCGAAGCAAAGAUCGUGUAAUUAUCGCGACCGUGUGAUAAUUAUAUGUGUAUUUGUAUACGUCGCGUGUUUAGCACGAAACGUGUGAUCCUUUGAUUCCGCGUUUUUAAGUCCCACAUUAUUAAAAUCGCGUAUACCAUUCCUAAAGUUCAGACGGCUAUAUUUAGCGCUAAAUAUGAAAUACGGAUGCGAUUCCACGUAUUUCAAAGAAUAUUCAUGUCUACACUGAAAGAAAAAGAAUCUAAAAAAAUUAAAAAAUAUUUAUUCGGUGGAUACUAAUAACAUAUUUACUGAAAUCUAAAUUCUUUCAUUUAAAUAGAAUAAAAUAUUGCUUUUAUGAAAAGUUGAAAUUUUAAGAAAAUGUAUAUUUUUUUAUUUGAAAAAUAUCUUAUAUAUUAGUAUGAUAUAAUAUAUAUGUAAAUAUAAAACUAACAACUGUCUUAACUGUAUAACUUAACUAUACAAUUUAACUAUACAACUGUCUUAUAUUGGUAUAAUAUAAUAUAAUGUAUAACAUAAAUAUAUGUUAUUAGUACUUACCAAAUAGAUAUUUUUUACGUUUUAAAUCUCUUUUCCUCUCGGUAUAAAAUAGUGGAAUUAAGAAGGUGCAUUUGAGACGAUAUUAUAAUGGGAAAUAUAAAGGAGAUAUGAUAGAGCGAGGAACCAGCAAGGAAACUGUUAUUGUCAAAAUAACUACACUGCCAAAGAAUCAUUGCAUAUAGACGGUGUUGUUAAUUAUUGAUCGACUAGUUUGUGUGAGAUGUGCAAUUUAGCGUAAAGUUCGAUCUAGAUAUAAUUUAGAAUAAGAUACCAUCGUAUUAUUUAUAAUACGAUUAUGAUUUACAGUGCGCAUUUGUAGUGUUACGUGUAACACGUUUUAACAUAUUCUGUACAGUACAGGCCGACUCUUAAUAUGUUUAUAAA